UCCCGUGAGGCUUCGCUCCCCGCGCCUGCGCAGAGCCCAGGGCCACGUCGCUUUUGCGGCGACAGCGACCACGCGCCUCACCCAUGGCUUCCGCGGACUCUCGCCGAGUGGGGGAUGGCAGUGGUGCCGGGGGCAACUUCCAGCCCUACCUAGACUCCUUUCGGCAGGAGCUGCAGCAGACAGACCCGACGCUAUUGUCAGUAGUGGUGGCGGUUUUUGCGGUGCUGUUGACGCUGGUGUUCUGGAAGCUCAUCCGGAGCAGAAGGAGUAGUCAGAGAGCUGUUCUUCUUGUCGGUCUGUGUGACUCCGGGAAAACAUUGCUCUUCGUCAGGUUGUUAACAGGCCUUUACAGAGACACUCAGACAUCCAUUACUGACAGCUCUGCUACAUACAGAGUCAACAACAACAGGGGCAACAGCCUGACCUUGAUUGACCUCCCUGGCCAUGAGAGCUUGAGGCUUCAGUUCUUAGAGCGAUUUAAGUCUUCAGCGAGGGCUGUUGUGUUUGUUGUGGAUAGUGCAGCAUUCCAACGAGAGGUGAAAGAUGUGGCUGAGUUUCUGUUUCAAGUCCUUAUUGACAGUAUGGGUCUGAAGAAUACACCAUCAUUCUUAAUAGCCUGCAAUAAGCAAGAUAUUGCAAUGGCAAAAUCAGCAAAGUUAAUUCAACAGCAGCUUGAGAAAGAACUCAAUACCUUACGAGUUACCCGUUCUGCUGCCCCCAGCACACUGGACAGUUCCACCGCUGUCCCUAUUCAGCUGGGAAAGAAAGGCAAAGAGUUCGAAUUCUCACAGUUGCCACUCAAAGUGGAAUUCCUGGAAUGUAGUGCCAAGGGUGGGAGAGGGGACCCUGGCUCUGCUGAUAUCCAGGACUUGGAGAAAUGGCUGGCUAAAAUCGCCUGAGGGCCAGCUCCAAAGCACAAGGCACGGACUCGGUUUGGGGAAAAGGGCUAUGGUAGUCUCGAGCUGAUAAAGAAGAGGUACAAAACGCGCUUAGAAACAUUUCCUUGUUCUGGAAACAAAUUACUGUUGAAACCA